AUGGCCACCACACCGACCAAACACCCAGUGUCCCAUUGGGAAGAAAAGUUUAAUGCAGCUUUGAUUGCCAUAUGUGCAGCCUUUUGGUCCCGAAUCGAGUCUCGCCAGCAGCAACUACAACUCACCUCGACCGCAACAGGGGAUGUCCCCAACGGUGAUCCAGUGCUCAUGAUGGAGGUAUUGUCCAUCAGUUGUCCACAGCCUUAUGGGGCGGCCUGCAGAGCGGGAACCCUGCAGAACAGCAGUCCUACCAAUGCACUGGCUCAAACACCGACCUGGACACGGAGAGGGGAGAAAAUGAUGUCCCGCAACAUUCAUCCCCAUAAGCUGGGAGAUCGAGACCCCCAUGUGGAUGGUGAGAAGUGCCAGGAUUUUCCUCUGCCUCACUCUGUCCCAUGGGAGCAUGCAUGGAAGCGAUACCUACCUUCAGCACCUGGCAACCAGCACUCCCAGCGCUGCUUACCCAAGCGAUCAAAACCCAUGCUACCACGAUCGAAGCUCAAGGGGAAAAUCUCCCGUCCUCAUCACACUCCCCUGUACAUCAGGGUGAUGGCAAAUCAUUCUGGCACUCCUGGACCAAAGACCGAGGGAGAUCAAACCUCGGCGUGUAUUCUACUCACCCUGAGGAAACAACCUCGACAUCACGCUACACCACAUGGCACAGUGAGCAGCCCGAAAAGCGGGAAUGACAUGGGGAAACUUGCACCGGUUUGGGACCAGAGGAGUGGACUACUCGUCUGGAUCACUGGGACUUUCCUUAACUGUGGAGGUCGGAGGCUUAAUCUGGGUGUAGGCUGA